AAUUAGUUUCUGUUCUCUCAAAACUGAUUCUUUUUCAAGUCCUUUCUCUCUAAGAUUCAUUUUCUCACAAAUUCUCUCUCUCCGAAGCAAGGAAUCUGGUGACGAAACGAUUUGAUCCAGCAAACUGACGACGACGCUUCCAUAAACUUUGUCUAGGUCACGCACGGUCGGAGACGCAGCUGGAACACAGCGUUUGCUUCUGCACGGGAGCUGACGAAGCGUAGUCUGUGGUAAUGUUUUACAUUGUCAAUAGCAACAUGCGACAUGUCCUUAAUCAGGAUUUCUGAAAUCCUCUUGUUGGACUUUAAUUGAUCUAGGAGUUUGGUCAAAAUCUGAUUCUUCUACCUUCAUAUAUUAGCAAAUGGUUUAUCACUCAAGUUUUGUGGAUGAAGAAGGAAUUACUAAAGCUUGUGGGUGUCCUUUACUUCCUUUGAAAAGCCAUAUAAAGGGUCCUGCCCCGGCCUCUGAUCAAGAUAGAACUGAUAUUGUUGAUGAAGCUAUCACAUUCUUUCGGGCAAAUGUCUUCUUUAGAAACUUUGAUAUUAAGAGCUUGGCUGAUAAGCUUCUUAUAUACUUGACAUUCUACAUAAAUGUGGCUUUGAAGAGGCUUGAGGGUUGCAGAACCUUGGCUGAGGGAACUAAAGCCAUCAUUAACUUGGGCUUGGAAAAGGUUCCUGUGCCUGGUGAGCCUAAUUUUCCUUUUCCGGGCCUUUUCCCUCUUCCCCAAUCACAAAAGGAAGCAGAGCUUCUUAGAAAUUAUCUGAAGCAGAUAAGAGAGGAAACUAGUGGGAGACUGUUGAGUGUUGCAUAUAGACCUAAUGGCACUCCAAAUAAAUGGUGGUUGGCAUUUGCCAAGAGGAAAUUCAUGAACAUCAUUGUUCCUUGAAUAGAUUGCUUUAUUUCCAAUCAACAGGUAGCUGUAUGAUGGAUUCUUCUCAUGGUAAGCUGUGAAAAUUCUGUUGCAGAUAUUCUCUAAUGAUAAGCUGCGAAAAAUCUUUUCUGUUUUAAACUGUCACUUGAUCCCGUGUUGAAAUCUUUUACAUUGAAGACUAUCCUGUGUUGAUAGUGAAACUUGAGAGUCAAACUUUCUAUAUGUAAAUUGCCAAAUUCGUUGUAUCUUUUUUUGUGAAAAUAAAUGUUCAUGUUUUCUUCAA